AUGGGAUACCGCCAUGGAUAUCAUCUGAACUUUUGCAGUUGCAGCAUUUCCUUUUUCAUUGUUUUUCUGAUCUCAUGGCCCGACCGAGUGGAGUCAUCUGAACUCAGUGCUGGCUGUGAUUAUUUCAAAGGGAGUUGGAUAAAAGAUGAUACGUACCCUCUUUACAACAGUGCGAGUUGUCCUUUUAUACACAAAGGAUUCGACUGUCAAAGGAACGGACGUCCCGAUAAACUCUACCUCAAAUACAAAUGGAAGCCCACCGCUUGCUCAUUGCCCAGAUUUAAUGGCUUGGAUUUCUUGAAGAAGAUGAAGGGGAAGAAGAUACUGUUUAUCGGGGACUCGAUAAGCUUGAACAUGUGGGAGUCGUUAUUAUGCAUGGUUCAUGCAGUGGUGCCGCAACCCAAAUACAGUUUAACCAGUGCAGGCAACCACUCCACCUUUUCACUACCGGAGUUUGGGAUAUCGCUGGAGUAUUCUCAUAACGUGUUUCUCGUUGAUCUUGUUCAAGAACCUAGAGGUGUAGUCUUAAAGCUUGAUUCGAUCGUCAAUGGAGAUUAUUCCUGGAAAGGAUAUGAUAUCCUCAUCUUUAAUUCUUGGCAUUGGUGGGUUCAUACAACUAAAGGAAAGAAUCAACCAUGGGAAUUCAUUGAAUAUAGAGGAAAGAUAUACAAGGAUAUGGAUAGAUUGAUGGCCUUCAAAGUGGGACUAACUACAUGGUCCAAAUGGGUUAAUUCCAAUGUUGAUCCUCGUACCACUCAAGUAUUUUUCCAGGGCAUCUCUCCUGUUCAUAACUGUGAAGGACAAACCACACCAUUCCCUGGAACAACUUAUCCCGGACCUCUUCCGCCAGCGUUGUCGGUCGUGAAGGACGUUCUUCGAUCGAUGUCGAAGCCGGUCACUUUGCUCGAUAUAACUAUGCUUUCUCUGCUAAGGAAAGAUGGUCAUCCUUCUCUUUAUUUUGGGAAGGAAGGAAGCGAUUGUAGCCAUUGGUGUCUUGCUGGAGUCCCUGAUUCUUGGAACGAAAUUCUCUAUGCAUUGCUUUCGAACUCCCAUGGAGCUAGGGACUUUGAUUUAGAUUAUGAGUUGUUUUAA